AUGAACAGCAUUGAAGUUGCAGAUUUUCCCUUGACUGGGCGGAUGGUAGUUAGAUGGAGGAUUGGCCCAUUCAGAGAAUGGGCUGAGUACAUGGAAGAGAGGAAAAGGCAGCCUCUUUAUUGGAAAGAGGCCGUGUGGGCAUUUGGGUGGAAAAUGAGUGCAGGGCAUAGUAUAAGAAUGAUUGUGCUUGGGAUAAAGAAGGCGAGAGAUAAAGAAGAAGAACCAAUAUUGAGAAUUAGGAAGGGUGUUACCAUUACCGAUUGUAACCUCCAAGUCAUCUCGCUUGCUAGAUUGUUACAAGCAAAAGAUCUAAAAUUUGAAGAGACUCGUUGUAAUGUUCCCGAAAGUGUACUUCGCUCAAAGCUAGCACUGCGUUCUGCUUCAGAAAAGGAGUCACCUUAUGGAGCAGCCAUGAGUGGAGAUUGGAAAAGGAUGAUUAAACACUACAUGUCGAAUGCCUCAGAUUUGCUCGUUCCAAUUACAUAUGGAAAUACGGUUCUUCACGAGGCAACCAUCUAUCGGAAUUUUGAGGCAGUAAAACUAUCGGUGCAACGUUGUCCAGACCUAGUUUCCAUUAGGAAUGAUAGCGGUGAAACCCCAUUGUUUAAAGCUGCUGAAUUUGCUGAGGCAGAAAUGGUGAAGUUCUUGCUUCAGUUACCAACAAAAAAUAUGGUGGAUGAUGAUGGCUGCAUAGAAUCAAUUCACCGCCAAAGAUCAUCAGAUCAUCUCUCCAAUAUCCUUAGCGCUGCUAUCCUAGGGCAACGCUAUGAAACAGCUUUGAUGUUGCUAGAACUGGAUGAAUCGCUCCACAGCUUGAAGGACAAACACGGCAUAACUGCUCUUCAACUUCUAGCUCUCACCCCAUCUGCUUUUAAGAGUGGAUAUCCCAUGACUAUACAUGAAAGACUCCACUACUGUUGUGCGUAUACACCAACCGCUCGCCUUCCUGUUACACGUCGCCACAAGGUAAAUAAAUUGCAGGAAGAAACUUCGGGGUUGGGAGAUCUGGAGAGCGGUUUGGGGAGGAAAGUCCUUAUUACAGAGAGAGAUCAGCUGGCUAUGGAUUCUAAAUCAAAAAGGAACUCACCUUAUGGAGCAGCCACCAGUGGAGAUUGGGAAAGCAUGAUUGAACACUAUGAAUCGAAUGCCCCAGAUUUGCUCGCUCCAUUUACGUUCUCUAGGGAUACUGCACUUCAUAUAGCAGUGUGCAGCAAAAAAGAGCAACCACUUAAAGCUUUACUUCAUAUUUUAUGCACUACUACUGCUAUUACCAUUGCUAGACAAAAAGAUCUCUUGAGAAGUCAAAACAGUCAUGGAAAUACGGUUCUUCACCAUGCAACCAUCUAUGGAAAUUUUGAGGCAGUAAAACUAUUGGUGGAAAGUUAUCCAGACCUAGUUUCCAUUACAAAUAAUUCCGGUGAAACCCCAUUGUUUACAGCUGCUGAAUUUGCUGACGCAGAUAUAGUGAGGCUCUUGCUUGAGUCACUAUCAGGACAAACAGUGGAUCAUCGUCUCCGCUGCCUACCUUCAAUUCACCGCCAACGAUCAGUUGAUCGACUCUCCAUCCUCAGCGCUGCCAUCUUAGGGCAACACUUUGAAACAGCUUUGGUGUUGCUAAAAGUGGAUAAAUCACUCCACAUCUUGGAGGACGAUAAGGGCAUAACUGCUCUUCAACUUCUAGCCCACAUCCCAUCUGCUUUUAAGAGCCUUCCUGUUACAAUUCGCCUCAAGGUAAAAAAAUUGCAGGAAGAAGCUUUGGGCCACGCAAGGCAGGCAGAGCCGACAGAUCUGGAGAGCGGUUUGGGGAGGAACCGAAGAGGCGGUCCACUCAACUAUUUAAAUGUCCGUAUUAAAGGUAUUAAGCCUUGGUUCUUUUGGUGUAUUAUAAAGCUAUAUCGUGGCCAGAUCAACUCCUCCUGA